AUGCAUACUUUACAAAUUAAUAAUAAUGUCACUGCUACCAUUCAGGAAUUCAUCCUCCUGGGUUUCCUGUGUAGCCAAGAAGUAGAAAUUCUCCUUUUUGUUUUGUUUUCUAUUAUCUACAUCUUGACCUUGUUGGGCAAUGGUGCUAUCAUCUGUGCUGUGUGGUGGGACCAGCAACUUCACACUCCCAUGUACACCUUACUGGCCAACUUCUCAUUCCUGGAGAUCUGCUACAUCAAUUCUAACGUGCCCAAUAUGUUGUUCAACUUUCUCUCCAAGACCAAGACCAUCUCCUAUAAUGGCUGCAUCCUACAAUUCUACAUCUUCCUUUCUCUUUGUGCUACCGAACUCUUCUUCCUGGCCCUGAUGGCAUUUGAUAGGUAUAUCGCUAUUUGCCAUCCACUACACUAUCCCACCAUGAUGACUAAGAAAGUCUGUGGAAUUCUUGUGUCUGCCUGUUGGGUGGGUGGCUUCCUCUGGUUAGUGACACCGGCUACCCUUGUCUCCCAAGUUCCAUUUUGUGGUUCAAAUAUCAUCGAUCACUACCUCUGUGAUCUGGGGGCAAUGCUGGCCAUCUCAUGUGUCCCUGUCCCCAAGACAACUCUGACAUGUAGCACUUUCAGUGCUGUGAUAAUGCUCAUCACUUUAUUUUACAUCCUUGCAUCCUACACUCUGGUCCUUCGAGCUGUGGUUCAGGUUCCUAAAGGUUCAGGCAGGAAAAAAGCCUUCUCCACAUGUGCCUCCCACCUGGUAGUGGUGUCUCUAUUUUAUGGCUCAAUCCUAGUGAUGUAUGUAAGCCCAGGGACAGCCAACCAGCCUGGGCUGCAGAAGUUUGUGACCAUGUUGUAUUCAAUUGCUACUCCACUUUUAAAUCCUUUGAUCUACAGUCUCAGGAAUAGGGAGAUGAAGGUUGCCCUAAGGAAAGUUAUGUGUAAAGUUUAAAAAUUAUUCCUGAGUGGGAGACAUCUGGGUGAUGUAAAAUUCCCCUUGAGUCCCAUUGUAAAGAGUAAAGAAAAACUAAGCUUACAACCAAGAAAAGGUACUAGACAAUAA